AUGUACUCUUUCUUACAGGCAAAAGGAAUACCUGUGAAAGAAGCUAUCAAGAUCUGGGAAACAAAAAGUGGAAAGAAAGCUGCUGAAGCCACAGAACUAAAAUUAAUUGGGCAGCAACCUCCAAUUGAUAAAUUAGAUGCUUCAUUAUCAGCUCUUGUAAAUUGUGAAAAACUUAAGAAUUUUAUCUUUGGGAAGAAAUUGGAUAAAAUCACUAGCAGGUUUGCUCCAGAAUUUCAUUUACCUGUGGUUGUGGUUCUUCAAGUCAGAUGGAAUCCCUAUCAGGAAGCAAUAGGAGACAGCUUGGAAGAGUUAUGGAUCUCAUAUAAUUUAAUUGAAAAGCUAAAAGGAGUAAAUGCCUUAAAAAAACUGCAGGUUCUUUACAUGUCCAAUAAUCUUGUGAAAGACUGGGCUGAGUUUCAAAGACUAGCAGAACUUCCAGUGUUAGAAGAUCUAGUUUUUGUUGGUACUUUCCACAUGUUACUGUGCCUCCAUGUAACCUGCUGGGUUAGGUAUUGUUCUUUUCCCUGAAGAUUUGUGGUACGUUUUUCAUUCCUCAUAGGUAUACCCAUGUUCAGCUUGUGUGGAUGGAUUUAAUUUCUGCACUCAAUAAUUUAGGCCAUUCAUGUUUUUUCUGCUCAU